UGAAUGAAACAAAACAAAACAAUUAAAAACAGAAAUAAAUAAUAAAAGAAUAAAAGAGUAUUCGGUGGGUAAACCACGGUGCCAGUCGUUAAAGAUCGACCACGUUCCUUCGUUCAAAUUCUAUUUUCAAACCGAGACCUGCGCGUUUCCGUUAUUUCUGAACCAAUCUUUUAUAUAUUCUAUUUUGUGAUUGCGUUUAACCGGUGCGCAACUUUCCUAGGGUUUUAUUCCUCUGAUUUCUGUGUGUAUAGGGUUUCAUUUUUUACAAAUUUUGCUGGAGCUAUGCAGGUUCUUAACCCAGGGUUUUGUUCUAACAAUCUUAUUCUAGCAUUGUAAAUUUUUAGGCAGGAUUUUUGUUUUCACAAUUUUGCUAGAACGUUGUAAAGUUUAGCUAGGGUUUUUAUUUUCAGGAAAAAUCCUUUUGUGCUGGAGGAUUUUUUUUUAAAGGCUAGGGUUUUAGUGUCAUUUUGGCAUGAGAUUUGAGCCAUCAGAGGUUCAGCUUGUGACGGCUGAAUCGAGAAUAGGUGACAGCAAGGGGGUUUUCAUGGAGUCGGACUCACCGUCGUAUAACAGCAGCGGCGCCAACGGCCCGGCGAAUUUCGCCUUCGCAUUCAAUGACAGCAAUUUUUCCGACAGGGUUUUGAGGAUCGAGAUCAUGGCCGGGUCGGCGGAAAGCAAGUCGGAAGGGGAUGGUUGUGAUAGUAUUGCCGAUUGGGCGAAGAACAGGAAGCGCAGGCGGGAAGGUGUCAAUAAAGAAGCCGAAAUUCUAGAAGGCUGUGAGGAGCACAUCAUGUUCAACAGCCAACCAGAUACAGAUGAUGCAGCAGCUUAUGAUAAUCCUGACGAAGAAGCUGUAGCAAUGAUUGAAGAAUCCCCUACUGCUGUUGGAAUGCUUUCAAGUCCUGCGGGUGAUGAUUCUGCAAAUGGCCAGAUUGCUGCUUCUUGGGGCAUGGACUGUUCUACAGUAUUGAAAGUCCGAACAAUACAUAUUAGUUCUGCUAUUUUGGCAGCCAAGAGUCCUUUCUUUUUUAAACUUUUCUCCAAUGGCAUGAGGGAGUCAAAACAACAAGAUGUCACUCUUCGAAUAACUUCAUCAGAGGAAAGUGCUCUGAUGGAUCUACUGAACUUUAUGUACAGUGGAACUGUAGCAACAAAUAGUGCUCCUGGAUUACUCGAUGUUCUAAUGGCUGCAGAUAAGUUUGAAGUUGCCUCUUGUAUGCUCCAUUGUAGCAAGUUGCUAAGAAAUUUACCUAUGACACCAGAAUCUGCACUGCUGUAUUUGGAACUUCCAUCAAGCGUUCUUAUGGCAGAUGCAGUUCAGCCACUGACUGAUGCAGCUAAGCAGUAUCUAGCAAAGAAGUUUAAAGAUCUUGCAAAGUUCCAGGAAGAAGUUCUGAAUCUUCCUUUGGCAGGAAUUGAGGCAAUACUAUCAAGUGAUGAAUUGCAAGUGGCUUCAGAAGACGCUGUCUAUGAUUUUGUGCUAAAGUGGGCAAGGACACAUUACCCCAAAAUCGAAGAAAGAAGAGAAGUUUUGGGAAGUCGGCUUGGACGGUUGAUUCGAUUUCCAAACAUGACAAGCAGAAAGCUUAAGAAAGUUCUUACUUGUAAUGACUUUGAACAUGAGCUUGCUUCAAAGGUCGUCUUGGAUGCACUGUUUUUCAAAGCAGAAACACUACACAAGCAAAGGUCUUUAGCAUUAGAAGAAAUUUCUUUCAAAAGAUUUAGUGAAAGAGCUUAUAAGUAUAGACCCGUUAAAGUGGUUGAAUUUGAUAAACCACAUCAGCAAUGCAUAGUUUUUCUGGAUCUCAAGAGAGCAGAAUGUCUUGCAUUAUUUCCUUCAGGACGUGUUUAUUCCCAAGCCUUCCAUCUUGGUGGUCAAGGAUUCUUUUUGUCAGCUCAUUGUAACAUGGAUCAACAAAGUGCAUUUCACUGUUUUGGACUGUUUCUUGGCAUGCAAGAAAAGGGAUCUGUAAGCUUCGCAGUAGAAUAUGAAUUUGCUGCACGAACAAAGCCAACAUGGGAUUUUAUUGUUAAAUACAAAGGCAAUUACACAUUUACUGGUGGAAAGGCUGUCGGUUAUCGCAAUCUUUUUGCCAUACCCUGGUCAAGCUUUAUGGCUGAUGAUAGUCCAUACUUCAUAGAUGAUGUUCUCCACCUGCGAGCAGAACUUACAAUCAGGCCACAGUGACAUAUAAAGGAUCUUGUGUUAUCAAAAUCCGUUAUCAUGUACAUGCAAUUUGGAAAAAAAUAGCAUUUGCUUGAAUUGUUGAGAUGUCAAACCAGUGGGGUUGUAGAUUCUGAUAUCUUACGUAAAUUCUUUAGAUUUAUGUAAUGAUGCUGUUGUCGCUGAUAAUUCAGAAGUUCCACUUCUAUCUGCAUAACUAUUUAGAGCUCUGCAGCUGAAAUUCACAAGAUCAAGUGCAUCGCUUUCUUCCAUUUUGGAACAGAUGGUGAUUUUGGACAUGUCUAUACGAUAAUAACAAAGCUUUUUUUAAUGUUUGUUACUAUUAAUCGUUUUCUACACUAACAAUUUCAUGUCACAUUUAAGGAACAGAUGGAGCUUACUGUGUUAACAUGCAUAUAUUCUCCUUGGCUGACCGAUGCCAUCAAUGUGUAAAGGCGAAAGUUUAAAGUAUAUGUCUAAUUUAUUUUUUGAUGGGAUAA